UCACUCGCUCCCACCCUUCACUUUUCAUUCUAUACACCCAAAGCAAUCGCAAACAUUAUGGGUAGUUUGGUAGGACAUGUUCUUCCAGGGCUUGCAUUCUUUCUUCAUGCCCUAUGGCAUCUAUUUAACCAAAUUAAGCUCCACUCUCUCAACCCAAACACCUACAUAUCUUCUCCAUGGUUUCCUACCUCCAAAAUAAGGUACAUGGAGCUCUUCUACAUCAUGAUUGGGACCUCAAUUUCUAUAUCAAUGGAGCUCUUCAUCGGCCCAGCAAAGCACCACCCGCUCGACACCGAUGGAACCAUACCAUCAAACCAUCUCCGCAACUUUGAACAUGCAUUAAUCUCAAUGACAUUCUUUACCUAUGCAACUUUUGCCAUCAUUCUUGACAGGAUACGAUCGAUUAGCCCUAAAUUAGCUGAUCAACAACACGGUCUAACGCAACUUAUAGGAGUGAUUGGGCUCGCGCAAGAAUUUAUCCUUUUCCAUCUCCAUUCAGCUGAUCAUAUGGGUCUUGAAGGCCAGUACCAUUGGCUUCUUCAGCUUGUAAUCUUUGUUUCACUAUCCACAACUAUUGUGGGCAUUGGUCUUCCAAAGAGUUUCUUGGUUGGGUUUGUUAGGUCAUUCAGUAUUUUGUUCCAAGGUGUGUGGUUUGUGGUGAUGGGUUACAUGCUUUAUACCCCACAAUUUAUCCCUAAAGGUUGCUCCAUAAAUGAUGACGAUGGGCAUAAAGAGGUCAUAUGCCACACUGAAGAGGCACUUUACAGGGCUAAAUCGUUGGUCAAUAUUGAAUUCAGCUGGUACUUGGUACUUGUUACCAUUCUUUGCAUGUUGUUUUACUUGAUUUUGAUUAGGGUUUAUGGUAAAAUGGACGUUCAGUACUCUUCGUUGAUGAAGGAAGAAGAAGAAGACGAAGUUGAAUCCCGGAAACCAGUGUAAAGAUAUGUGAUUUCCAUAUAACGAAUAUGUAUUUUGCUUUGCAUAUAGCGUACAUAUAUAUAUAAUGAGUUCAUUGUGUGUCUUUGUAUGCAUGUAUUUUAUCGAUAUCGUUUAACUCAA